AAUUUGAUACCUUUGAAAUGGAAGCAGAAAAAUCGCAUGUGCUAAAAUUAAUAGGCAAAUUACAAGAACCUGUACCUCAAUAUAUCUUGGGUUGCCUACCGGCCAUAGCUACGAUAGGGGUUGCGCCAUAG